UCCUCAGAGAAACACUUCCUCCACUAUAAGUUUACAGUCCUGACCAGAUCAGACUCAUUCCCAGAGUUCAGUGCUGUGUGUGUUUAUGACGACAGACGGAUCAAACACUUCAGUAAUGAAGAACGAGUCUGGAUUCUGACUGAUAAAGACUGGACUGAAGCUCCUGAAGAUCCUCCUGAUUCUAGAGACUGGUUCAUACAUCAGAUCAGGACUCUGUCAGACUGCACAGACUCACUGUGUUCUGAGCUUCAUGUUCUUCAGAGAAGAAUUGGCUGUGAACUGGAGAAACUUCCUGAUGGAUCAGUGAAUCAGACUGUCUUUGAUGAUUAUGGAUUUGAUGGAGAAGAUCUUAUAACCUUUAAUAAUGACACUAUGCAAUGGAUUGUGUUAAGUCCAAAUGCCAUACAAAUCAAACAGGAAUGGGAUCUUUACACAGAACGCAAUAAAUUCCUGCAGCGUUACCUCAACAACUGCAUUAACUGGAUCUCCACAUAUAACAACACAAAUAGUAGUUCUCCAGAUGUUCAUGUCUCUGUGAGUAAAUCUCCAGCUGAUGACAGUAAGCUGGUUCUGGUCUGUCUGGCCACUGGUUUCUACCCCAGAGAUGUUCAGAUGAACAUCAGAAGGAACAGAAUUAAUCUUGAGGAUCAAACAUCUUCUGGAAUCAGACCAAAUGAUGAUGAAACCUUUCAGAAGAGAAUCAGUGUGAAGAUCGACAGAAACCAUGAAGGAUCUUAUGACUGUCGGGUCACUCACAGCAGUCUGACAGAACCUGUUACAGUAAACUGGGGUAAAUAUCAUCAUAUUUACCCUCACAUAUUUAGACAUGAAUUCUACUACAUGUUUACAGUCUUGACCAUAGGAGAACAAUUCCCCACGUUCAGAGGUGUGGGUGUUGUGGAUGACAGACAGAUCGCUCAAUGCAGUAGUGAAGUGGGAGAAAGGAUAAUAGCGAAUUUAAUUAAAUUUGAGACCAAACCAAAACCUUUUACAGAACCAUAUGAUUCUAGUGACUGGUACAAAUAUCAGCUGUACAGACUGUCAAAGUGCACACAGUGUUCUGAGCUUCAUGUUCUUCAGAGAAGAAUUGGCUGUGAACUGGAGAAACUUCCUGAUGGAUCAGUGAAUCAGACUGUCUUUGAUGAUUAUGGAUUUGAUGGAGAAGAUCUUAUAACCUUUAAUAAUGACACUAUGCAAUGGAUUGUGUUAAGUCCAAAUGCCAUACAAAUCAAACAGGAAUGGGAUCUUUACACAGAACGCAAUAAAUUCCUGCAGCGUUACCUCAACAACUGCAUUAACUGGAUCUCCACAUAUAACAACACAAAUAGUAGUUCUCCAGAUGUUCAUGUCUCUGUGAGUAAAUCUCCAGCUGAUGACAGUAAGCUGGUUCUGGUCUGUCUGGCCACUGGUUUCUACCCCAGAGAUGUUCAGAUGAACAUCAGAAGGAACAGAAUUAAUCUUGAGGAUCAAACAUCUUCUGGAAUCAGACCAAAUGAUGAUGAAACCUUUCAGAAGAGAAUCAGUGUGAAGAUCGACAGAAACCAUGAAGGAUCUUAUGACUGUCGGGUCACUCACAGCAGUCUGACAGAACCAGUUACAGUAAACUGGGAUGGAAAAUGUUCUAACUGUGAACCAGAAUCUGGAUGGUCUAUAGCAGGAGUGAUGACUGUAGUUGGAGCUGUAGCUGUAGUUUUGGGUCUUACCGCUCUCAUUGGGUUUUGCUGGUACAAGAGAAGGCCAAAUGAGGAGAAGUUCUUCCUCUUACGGCGCAGUGAUCGGAUACCGAUGGCCAGUCCAGAUUCGACCAUGAUGAUCAUGGAUCUACAAGCGGAUGGAUCUGAACGGGUCAUUAAAUGA